GUUUUGAGUCAAAUUUAUUAGUUUCAUCAAACUCUUCAACCUUCUAAAACUAUGGGAUAAUUGAUUGCGCUUAGAAUCAAAUCCAAACUGGCCUAAGGUAAAAAGAAAUGCUGCGCAAUUUCUGAAGCUCUCAUAAGUAAGCAAUCUCUGCAAUGGCGACUGUGCCAUCUUCGUCGUCUCCACCAUCACUUUCGUCUGCCUCCAAUUACGACAACUCUGCGAUUCAGCCCGCCUUUCACUCCUCCACCUCACCUAAACCCCAGGUUGAUGCUGGGGAUAGCAAUGUCGAAGAUAUAAAACCUGAGUUGCCCAGCCCUUUUCAUGAGCUUUAUACUGCAAGCUUUAGUGAGCUUUAUACUGCAAGCUACACAGAGAAGUUCAAGAAAUAUGAAACUGACUAUGCUCGGCGGUUGAUGUCAAAGUACUUCUCUAAGAAAAAUCUUUAUGGAGGCGACAUAUAUGAUGAAAAUUUGACAAUAGGUGACGAGACUAUAAAGUCAAGCAGAUGGCCGUGUACUCUAUCAUAUGCAGACCCAGCUCAAGGCUUUGAAGACCAGAGCAGCGGCAGUUUGACUAGUACAGCUGAAACGUUGUCUAACAUAUCAAACGGAAAGCUUUCGGUGAAGAAAAAUGGUUGAUGAUAGUUUGUCCUAUUUUCUUAACUGUCUAUGAAAUGUUGUAAAAGUUUUGAUGUGGGUUAACUAUUAAUAUAGAGGAAAUGGAAUCGACGUUGAAGUUAUCUUUUACCUGAUUAUAAGGAAUAUCUGGCAUUUAAUAAAAUUACAUUAAACACUCGAGGCAAAAGUAAAAUUGGCUUUAAA